AUGCAAGACAAGCGUGCUGAUAGCUGGCCGUUUCCUAUAUCGAUCAACGCGGCGAUCGCUAUUCUAUCGACAGCCUGCACUGCUGCCAUGAUGUACAACGUCAGUGCUUUUAUCGGACAACUAAAGUGGUCCUACCUCAAAGCCCGGCCUCGUCAGCUGGAUAGCGUUCAAGUUUUUGAUGGAGCCAGUAGAGGACCGUAUGGAGCGAUCGUCUUUCUAUUCAAGAUCUCUUGGAACAUGGCCACUCUCGGCGCAGUUAUUACAAUCUUACGACUAGGGUUCUCUCCCAUGGUCCAAGAAGUUAUUAGCCUGGAGUCACGGCAGAUACCUGUUCAGGACGGAAAUGCUACAUUUGGGUUCGCUCAUUCGUAUAACAGAAGUAUGUAUCCUGGCGAGUUUGGUGGAAUACCUCCUGAUCCUCAGAUGCAAUCAGCGAUAAUAAAAGGCCUUUACGACAUCCAUGCUGCUCCUGUGUUUAGCUGCGCUGGCGCCUGCUUUUGGAAGGGCAGUUACGUAUCACUAGGCUUCAAGAGUGUGUGCAAGAACGUCACUGUGUCGACUUUAAAGACAAGGUUCUGUACCGACUCAACAGGCGGCUCGAUCUCUUUUUCAGAUAUACCAGACGACGAACGGGCGAAAUGCAAUAUGACUACACCUGGUGGCAUAGUAUUGUCGGCCCAGCAUAAAUUACUGUCUCUCCUGACCAUGUUCCGAUCUAACACAACAGCUACUCACAGUGGUCUUGGUGCCUCUCCAGAUUUAAUGAGAAUCGCUGUUUAUCGAUCUUCUAGGGAUAAUGCCUACAUGCCUUUGAAUAUCGACAUCACUGAAUGCACUAUUAGUUACACAGCUUACGAGUAUACCAAUGCAACGGCCAAUGGCAGUGUAUUUUCCUUCGGGAAAACUAAGACAAUUGAUCUUGAAUGGGCCGCGAUUAUAUUCGGUAAGGAUGUUCGGCUGGAUGAUUCGCAGGGUCAGCCGUGGCAAAAUGCGCGGCGUCUUUCCAGUGCCGAUCCCAAAGACGACUUACCCGAGCUGUACUCUUGGUGGAACGAUGAUCUAGCUUUAACAGAGUUUUUUCAAUCGGAAAUAUUCCAGCUGGAAUACAUCGAAGGAAUCUAUGGCAACUUCGAACAUAGCCUGAGUACUUUACUGAGUGGUCAGACGAACCUGUCCCGCGCUUUUGACAACAUGGCAACCAGUAUGACGGAUUACAUACGCUCAGGACCUAACAUGAAGCUGGCAAAAGGGAGUCGACUCGAUACGGAAAUUUUUGUCUCGGUACGGUGGUAUUGGCUAAUUGGACCUGGGCUCAUCGAGCUAGCUUCACUGCUGUUUGCCGUCGCUACGAUAGUGAGUAAUGGUAGGAAGCACAAAGUCCCUCUAUGGAAGUCGUCAGCGCUUGUACUCUUGGCUUGUCAGCAUGAUGAAGAUGAGGGUCUGAUCAGAGGAACAACGAAGAGCAUGGUCGAAAUUGAGAAGAAGGCAAAGAAUUUGAAGGUUCGGUUAGAAUAA